GCACAUCUGAUAAACUACACGCGCUCUCAUUGACUUUAUGCCCCACAUGACGCGUCGUCUCCAAGGGUCCCUCCAAUCCAUUCCAGUGAAGACUCGGCAUCCGUUCCGGGUUUUCCUCCAUCGCCGCUUCAUACAUCGCUUCUCCUCACUUCUGCAUUGCUGUACCAGCAGAUGUUCGCGCACCGAAGCCAAUUUCCAGCCUUUAUUUUUACCGGAGCAAGUAUUUGUAUAGCAGCCGAGAGUGAGAAGACGCAGAAGAGCCGGGAGGUUUUCUCUCUCUCUCUCCGCACGCCUGGAGUGCAUGUGUGUGUGUGUGUGGAGGGACUGAAGAAAUUAAAGACGAGUCUUUAUUUACCACACCUGUGAUGCGCUGCUGUUUCUGAGCAACGAAGACGCGCUCAUGGCUAAAGGUACAGGAAGAGGAUAUGUGUUGAUAGAGGACUUAUAAAUGCACUGGCAAAACUGAUCGGCGUAAUAUUACAAGAACCGAACGCAGAAAACAGAUACUCACCCCAUCUCAUUUGAUUUACUUCAUCUCACGGACUCAAACUUAAGCGAGAGAGGUGAUAAAGACAUGAUGCCGUUACACCUGGCUCCCUUUGUCCGCUGGAGAUCCGGGCUUGUACUCGCAUGGAUCUGCCUGUUUACCUUCGGAUUUACCUGCGUUGGUGGAGAGCAUGCGGCCACCGUAACGCAUCCGCUUCCUGCGGCCUUCUCCGACCUUCUGCCCAAUUUCCUGGUGGAGCCUGAUGAUGUUUAUAUCGUUAAAAACAAGCCUGUGACCCUCACCUGCCGGUCUACACCUGCCACUCAGAUCUACUUCAAAUGCAACGGCGAGUGGGUUCAUCAAGAUCAGCACCUGAUCGAGCGUGACGUGGACCCGGCUACAGGGCUGCCGGUGAUGCAGGUGAAGAUUGACAUCUCCAGACAGCAGGUGGAGAAGAUCUUCGGCCUGGAGGAUUACUGGUGUCAGUGUGUGGCCUGGAGCACUACGGGAACCCAGAAGAGCCAAAAGGCAUAUGUGCGCAUUGCAUAUCUGAGGAAGAACUUUGAGGAGGAACCACUGGGUAAGGAAGUGGCACUGGAUCAGGAAGUUCUCCUGCGCUGUCAUCCUCCAGAAGGCGUUCCUCCUGCUGAGGUGGAGUGGCAGAGAAACGAGGAGCUGAUCGACCCCAAGACUGACCCCAAUUUCUUCAUCACCGAGGACCAUAAUCUCAUCAUCAAACAAGCCCGUCUGGCCGACACAGGCAACUACACCUGCGUGGCCAAGAACAUUGUGGCCCGACGCAAGAGCUCCUCGGCCACUGUGAUUGUCUAUGUGAACGGGGGCUGGUCAACGUGGGCCACGUGGUCGGCCUGCAGCGCUGUCUGCGGUCGCGGGUGGCAGAAGAGGAGCCGGAGUUGCACCAACCCCACUCCCCUGAACGGCGGGACGUCCUGCGAGGGCCAGAGCGUCCAGAAAAGCGCCUGCACUGCCACCUGUCCAGUGGAUGGAGGUUGGAGUGAAUGGAGUAAGUGGUCGCCGUGCGGAGUGGACUGCACCAUGUGGAGGAGCCGGGAAUGUACGCAACCUACACCGGGUACCAGAGGAAAAGACUGCCAGGGCCUGGAUCUACAGUCCCUAAACUGCACAAGCGAGCAGUGUCCACAGACCGCGUCAGGUGCUGAGGAUGUUGCCCUUUACGUGGGCAUCGUGGCAGUCGCCUUGUGUCUCACCCUGCUGUUGAUCAUACUGGUGCUGGUGUACCGCAGGAAGAAGGAAGGUCUUGAUGCAGAUGUGGCUGACUCGUCCAUCCUCACCACUGGCUUCCAGCCCAUGGGCAUCAAGCCCAGCAAGCCAGGUGUGUGGGCACCGCGCAGGGCAGCCCGCAGCAAAAACUCUCAUUUGCUCACAAUCCAGCCCGAUUUGACCACCACCACUACGAGCUACCAGGGAAGUCUGCGUUCCCGUCACGAAGUCACCGGAAAGUUUUCCAUGAGCAAUGGCCCCCUUCUCGAGCCGCUUCCCAACGGCUCCCACACGCUACAUAAUGGAAAACUGCCCAGCGACCCCAACGCCUUCAUGGAUCGGCUUUCCUCGCAGACGUAUUUCAAAACGCUACCGAGAGACACCGUCAACACCUCGUACGGCACCUUUAAUUUCCUGGGUGGCCGUCUUACGCUCCCAAACACUGGAAUCAGCCUGCUCAUCCCGCCAGAGGCCAUUCCCAGAGGGAAGAUUUAUGAGAUUUAUCUCACCGUUCAGAAGAACGAAGAUAUGAGGUUGCCCCUGGCUGGUUGCCAGACACUGCUAAGCCCCGUGGUGAGCUGCGGCCCGCCCGGUGUGGUGCUCACCCGGCCGGUCAUCCUCAGCAUGGACCACUGCUUCGAUGCCUGCCUGGAGAACUGGGCCAUCCGUCUGAAGAAGCAGUCCUAUGAAGGAACCUGGGAGGAUGUUCUUCAGUUGGGGGAGGAUGUGGUGUCUGAGCCCUAUUACUGCCAACUGGAAGCGGAGACGUGCCGGGUCUUCACCGAGCAGUUGGGUCGCUUUGCUUUGGUGGGGGAGUCGCUCAGCAUGGCUGCAGCCAAGCGUCUAAAACUGCUGCUGUUUGCUCCCGCCUACUGUUCCACCCUCGAGUACAACAUUCGUGUCUACUGCAUGGAUGACACACAGGACCUGCUAAAGGAAGUGAUGCAGAUGGAGAGACAGCUGGGAGGUCGAUUGAUCGACGAACCUCACGUCCUGCUCUUCAAAGACAGCUACCACAACCUGCGACUCUCCAUCCAUGACAUGCCCCAAACACACUGGAGGAGCAAACUACUCGCCGGAUAUCAGGAGAUCCCAUUCUAUCACAUCUGGAGCGGCUCUCAGCGGACCCUACACUGCACCUUCACACUGGAGAGACAGAACCUGAGCAUCUGUGAUCUCACCUGUACACUGUGUGUGUGGCAAGUGGAAGGAGAGGGACAGAGCAUCAGUCUGGAUUUUAACAUCUCAAAGGACAUCAGACCACUGGACUCAGAUUUCCUGAUGAUGGACAACUGUACCCCUGCCCUGGCUGGCCCGAGUGCGUUCCAGAUCCCUUACCUCAUCCGACAGAAGAUCUGCAGCAGUCUGGACGCCCCCUGCCCCAACGGAGCCGACUGGAGACUACUGGCACAGAGACUGAAACUCGACAGGCACAUGAGUUUCUUCGCAUCUAAAUCGAGUCCCACAUCAGUGAUCCUGGACUUAUGGGAAGCUCAGCACUUCCACAGCGGUAAUCUCAAUCAGCUCGCCGCCGUGAUGGCCGAGAUCGGCAAACAGGAGGCCAUGAUAUUCCUGGUGUCAGACGGCGAGUGCUGACACGUUAAGACUGGCCGUCUCUCCGAGUGAUGGGGUUGGGGGAAAGAUGCGACCCUCGGCCCGCCCCGCCACAGACGAGAAACAAAUCAAAGAACAGGGUUUACCCAACUAUACGAGGCCACUUCCCCAGCGAAUAGGGAAAAGAAAACGACAACCUGCCAGAGCUUUUAGAUGUACUGUGACUGAAUCAAAUGGCCCCCCUCUCAGAACAAAAAUCCAUUUGUUUUGGAAAAUAACGGUGUAUAGUCAAUUCCAGAAAUGGCCUCAGCUGACCAAUACGAUAGACGUUUAUGUUAGGCACAUUGAUAUUUUAAUAUCGGACUGGAAACUAAAACGAAAUGAACGGUAUCGAACGAAACGCAAUGUCGUCCGAGUCCGCCACAUCGGUAAGGGGAAUAUUUAGCAAAUUCCGUGAAAUGCAUUUUGUAAAUGUGCACC